AACAGGAGAGAAACAGCCAGACAAAAGGUGACAGCAAAUCUCAUCAUGGCAUCAGCAGCUCUACAGUUCUUCGCUUUCAUCCUAGCCUUGUUUGGCGUUUUCGGCGCAAUCACAGCUACCUUGUUACCAAACUGGAAGGUGAAUGCAGAUGUGGGUUCAAACAUCAUCACAGCUAUAACUCAGAUGCAAGGGCUCUGGAUGGACUGCACAUGGUACAGCACCGGGAUGUUUAGCUGCACACUGAAAUAUUCAGUCCUCUCCCUCCCUGUUUACAUCCAGGCAGCACGGACCACCAUGGUUUUGUCUUGCAUCCUUUCUGCUUUCGGGAUCUGCAUUGCCACUGUGGGAAUGAAGUGCACCCGCUUAGGAGGCGACAGGGACACCAAAAGCCACACUUCGUUGGCAGGAGGAGUCUUCUUUAUCCUUGCAGGUAUAUUUGGUUUAAUACCAACAGCCUGGUACACCAGAGAGAUCAUUUCAAAUUUUCUGGACCCAACAGUCCCAGAAAGCAGCAAGCAUGAACCAGGAGGAGCAGUUUACAUUGGAUUCAUUUCGGCAGGACUUCUGCUCACUGCAGGUGCCAUCUUCGGCACUUCCUGUUUUAAAAAACAGCAGAGAGCAUGGAUUUACCCUAACAAGCAGGAGCAACCGUUUCCAGGUGCCCAGCAAGAGAACACAAGCUACAACCUGAAAGACUAUGUGUAAAUAUAGUUGUGGCCAAUGAUCCUGUUCAACCAAGGGUGGCUUUGUUUACUGUAGUUUUGU